AUUUUUAUUGCUCAGUUUUUUAAAUUUAAUCUAGUUGAUUUUGUACUAUAAUAAAACUUUAAAAUGGAGGUCAUUGCUGGGACAUAUUCGCAUCUAAUUUUCGGUUACGAAGUUAAACCGAACGAGGAAGGAAAGUUAAAAUUCUCGACGAGUUUCACUAACGAUUCACAUGCUGGAGUGGUCAAAUGCCUAACUGUGAAUCGCAGAGGUUUCCUGGCCUCCGGAAGUGCCGAUGAAUCUAUUCGUCUGUUCAGUUUGAAGGGCAGAAGGUGUGAGAUUGGUUCUUUAUGCCAACAUAAUGGUUCAAUAGUGAGUUUGAAGUUUUUCAAAAAUUCUUACCUUUUUUCUGCCAGUGAAGAUGGCACCAUUGCAAUCUGGAAGGUCAACAGUUGGGACUGUCUGAAAGUUUUGAAACACAAAGAGGCACUGACUGACUUUGCUAUCCACCCAUCUGGAAAAUUGCUAUUAUCACUCACCAAAGGUCGAACCCUCCAAACAUGGAAUCUACUGAGUGGCAGACGAGCAUUUGUCACUAAUCUGAAGCAAGUUGGUGAGAUGAUUUGGUUUUCAAAUGAUGGCAACAGAUUCGUAAUCGUUAUGGGAAACAACAUAGAUAUCUAUACAACUGCGGAUGCAUUGAUAGCACAUUCAUACAACCAUACAUCGAGAAUUAGCUCCACAGUCUUUCUAAAUAAUGAAAUCUUAUUGGUUGGAGAUGAAGGAGGCGUGGUCAACUUCCUUGAUGUGACAGCGUGUAAAUUAACUCACCAGUUAAAAACUAAUACUGUCAGAGUAAAGGCAAUGCAGUGUAUUCAGCAGUCGUCGUCAUCUUCACUGUCAUCAUCUACACUGUUUAUAUCAUCUAGUGACGGUUAUGUAAAGCUGUAUGACGUCACUAUAGAGAACAAAAUAGUGACGACAUCAUUUGUAACGGGAGUUGUGACACCACAUAGAUGGUUAUGCAUGGCGGUUUAUGAUGCAAACGGUAAAGAAGAGGAGGAGGAGGAUGAAGAAGAUGAAAUUUGUGCUGAAUCUUUUAAAAAGUCCAAACAGAGUGGCAAAAGUCCUAAGAAGAAGGCUACUACAUCCACCGUGAAAAGUGAUGACGAAGAAGGAAAUGACGAGGAUGGAGAAAAUGACGAUGAAGAUGAGGAUGUCGAUGAUGAUGAUGAUGACGGUAGCGAGUUGGAGGAGGAUGAUGGUGAAGAUUUGGGCACUGGCGAUAAUGGAGACGACGACGACGCGUGUGGAAGUGAUAAAAAGUUAUCAUCAGGCAAGAGGAAGCAGUCAUUCCCUGAUAAGCAGUUGAAGAAAAAACAAAAAUUUGCUGGAAAAAAUGAUGAUGAAUCUGGAGAUGUCAGGUUGAAAAAAUCAAACAAAAUUGUGAAGAAAAAAUCAUCUAAAGAGAAUGGUUCUAAGAAUGAUUCUGCUAAAAGAGAGGACUACGUAACUUUUUCCGACGAUGAUGACGACACUAAAAAGCCCAAGAAUAAGAAGUUUCAGUCUAAAUAUAAAUUUAAAAGCCAUAAAAAGGCUUUUAACGGUAAAGAGAAAUAUGUGAGCUUCACCGACGAUGAUGACAACACUAAGAAGUCCAAGAAUAAAAAAUUUCAGUCCAAAAUUAAAUAUGAAAACCACAAGAAAGGUUCAAGCAGAAAAGGGAAACACGUUAGUUUUGCCGACGAUGAUAGCGACUAUAGGAAAAACAAUAAAAAGUUUCGUCCGCAAUAUAAGAAAAACAAAUCAAAAAAUAAUAAUAGUCCUAAAAAAACGGCUAAUAAUCGAUUUAACAGUAAACGCAGGUUUAAUAAGAGGACAAAGAAAUGAACAUUGUUCUAAAAACUAAAUGUAUUUCUUUCACGUUUAAUAAAUUUUAUUCUCUUC